GUAUAACUAAACAAAGGAGCAUCUCCGGAAAAAUGAGCAAAUAAAAAUCAACACGGAAAUAGCAACGGACGUUUUUGCUUAACUUUGUUGUAUUUUGUAAAAGAUCGUUCGAUAGUGAAUUUUCGAGACGUUCCGGAGAAGACAACAUCGACGAGAAAGGUAAUAAAAAAUAAAACUUGUGGGCGGCUUGAGGAAUGUCGAAGAACGGUGGGAUGUACGAAUUUCAGCCCUUGGUGCUACGCGAGCACAAGUCGCACAGCCAAGAGCGACCGAGGGGUCGGAGUGGCCACCGAAUUGUGUGCGACGGCAAAUACUUGUACUCGUUUGGUGGUUUCAAUCCGUGCAUUCCUGACAACGAUCCGGACCUCCGACACGACCAAAACUGGCUCGAGAACCGACCGCUCUUUCGAGAGUUAUGGAAGUUCAAUUAUUCGACGGAACGCUGGAAGCGCUUACUACCAAGUAACAACAGUAUGCCCACGACAGUUGCGUCGAGCGCAAUGCUUCUGAAAGAUCGCACCCUAGUAGUGUACGGUGGUACGGGCGUACCUUUUGGAGCAAACUGUAGUAACAUGCUGUAUGUAUGGAAUCUGCGAAAUGGUAACAGUCGGCUUUUACCUUACGGGGGAGCCCUACCGCAAGCUGGAUACGGUCAGGCUAUGUUUACCCAAGGACCGUAUCUGUAUACCAUUGGUGGCACAACCGGAUACGAAUAUACCAGCGAUAUUCAUAGAUAUGAUUUACGAACCAACCAAUGGGAGGCUGUCUACAUAUGCAGAGGCGACGCUAGCGAGCCCAAAGGCAGAUACAGACACGAAAUAGCCUUUGACGGAAGUGUGAUUUACAUUCUCGGCGGUGGUACGGCAUAUGAAGCUUUUGAUUUCAAGGAUAUACCAGCGUUUGAUUUAGCUAGCAACCGAUGGAUGACUUUGUCGGCUGUGAAGGAUCGGAACCAUGGAUAUCCGGAGGCUCGCCGUUGCCACGGUUCGGUUCAAUACACGGACGAAAAAACUGGCGAGAUAUCGAUCGUCAUAUCAGGCGGUUACUCGGGUUCCCGAGAGUUUCAAGAUAUCUGGAGACUCGAUCUUGGUCAACUCCAAUGGACGUGUGUCGCGAGGUGCUUUUUUCAGAGCCCUCUGUAUUUUCAUUCCGUGGCUCUAACACCACAGGGUAAAAUGUACACUUUCGGCGGUAUCAAAACAAUACCCAAUGGAGUAACGAGAACGGAUGCUAUACACUCAACAUGGCUCGUUAUACCGAAACUUCAAGAAAUAUGUUGGGAGGCGCUCAAUUAUUACGUCAAAGACCUCCGUAAUAGACCUCUCCAUGAUUUGGCAGCCAUGGGUAUUCCUUCAGAAUUUUUACAAAGGCUCAAAAACGAUGACGACGAGAACGACGGUUAAAAUCGUUAAAAACACACAUAGCCAUUGGCCAACCUUUAAAGAGAGGCCCGUGGACGCGCUCACGAGUUUACAACGUCUUGAUCUGUAAGGUCCGAAGGACUAGAAAAAUAAUAAACGAAGCGCGGCGUUUUGCCAACGACUUUUUUUUUUCCUCAUCAUCGAGAGGACGAAAGAAGCCAGGUGUCAUACUACAAAAAAAGUUACAUAUAUAUUCACCGGUAUGACGUAAUCAUCGCACAUUCUAAAAGCGGUGUUAAUAAUUUGUCGGUGCGCUUAUAAAUAGGAGAAAAUCACGUUGGCUGUUGAAAAGUCUCAUUGUUUCGAGAGAUUGCGCAAGAACGUUACGUUACAUGAUCUUUCCUUCAUUUGUAUCUCAUUUAGAGGUAUAUAAUGUAUAUCUUGAGAAAAGAUAUGAAUAAAAAAAUAUAUGACUACUAUUGUUAUAAUAAAAAAGUUGAAGCUUUCA